AUGUCGAGGUCGCAUUCUUCGUCUGAUAGUGAGGUCGCACCACUAGUUCGCUCCAACACUCGUUCGAUGCGCCGUCCUAGUAACGAGGCUUCAUCAUCUCGCCCCGUUCAGGCUUCUAUUCCCGAGUUAACUGAAAUUCCGAUCCGAGAUGGUAGUAAUAACGCCGCAGCCGCCAUGGAAACCGGAGAAUCUUCUAAUCCUUAUCGCUCAGAGGGCGAGGAUCGUUUCGCCGCACCGGGCGUUUUCUUGAACGAUAUCCAGCCUACUCUCGACCGCAGAGGUCAGAUCGGUGGAAUUCCGACCUCUAGUACUGUAAGCAGCAUCAACGAGAUGCUCGAUGUUUGCGGUUUGGGGAGAUCCAGGGUCAGUAUCCUGAUUCCACAUAAAACUCAACACCCGUGGACUCCUCCAAAGGGAUACAUCUGUUUGUAUGAGAUGUACUUCACCCGCUACCGCCUGUGGUUUCCUCUUCCAGAACUCUUGUCUCAAUACACUCAUCGCCGUAAACUAGCGAUCUCUCAGCUCGCUCCGGCCAGUAUUUGUAACAUCGUUGGAAUACUGACCCUAGCGUCUGAGGUCGGUACAAGGGUUCCCGUCAUGUGCUUCGAGGAGAUGACGGUAUUGAAGAAAUCCAGGGUCGCCGGCAACUUCACCAUGAACAUGAGGGAGAAACAGAACGUCAUUCCCGGAACUCGAGUCAGCAAUUUCAAAGGCUGGGAAAAACGUUUCUUUUAUGCUGAGCUGACUAACUCUCACUCGAGAAUCCUUUUGUUGGUCUACGCCGACGAUGGAAUAGUGAUCCGGGUAUUUAAUCUGCAUCGCAUCCAAAAUUUUUCUACGUUCCCACCUGAGUACUCCGACAUUGUGGCAAGCCUGUUUAGCGGGGAGAAUCGAGCGUGGAACCAAUUUAGCCAAAAGCGAAUUGAAGAAGCGAUGGGAAGGAUCCCGAGAAAGUAUCCAAACUUCGCAGAGGAGCUGGCCAAGUCGUCAGGUACUUCGGUAACUGCCCUCCAGGCUCAGGACGCGGAGCUUGCUGCACCAACAACAACGGCUAUGGAGGUCGCCGUAGUUGAAUCGGCUACCGGAGGAGAGGUCGCCCCUACAGAUCCUCUGAUCGUGGACCUGGAAGUCAGCGGUGGUGACGAGGUCGAGGUUCCCGGGCAGGAGGUCGUAGCCGCCGAGCAAGAGGUCGCUCUGUCCAAAGGAGACGCGGCCGGGAGGAACAAAAAGAAGAAGAGAGUCGACAAAGGCAAGGGCGUGGCUCUGUACUCCGGCAACCAAUCUAGCCGUAAGAGGUCGGCCGAAGCAGCUGAUCUAGAGUCUUCUGAUCCUUUCCGAUUAACUCGGAAGGAUUCGAAGACAGAAAAAUUCUGCUUCGACUACUUCGGAAAAAGCUCCGUGGCCGGCGACCGUUAUGCCUCGGCAGAAUUAUGCCGAAAUUUGAAAUUUUCUUCAGAAAUUCUGCCCGAUCUCGACGCGCUGGAGUUCAAGGAGGACUAUCUGAACUAUACCCGAUCCGCGUUGCUGUCGAUCGCCUAUGGCAACGCUCUCUUCUUCAAAUAUGAAAAGAGGGUGAAGUCGCAUUCAACGGCGAAUCAUGCCUUUUUGAUGAUGGAGAAAUGCGUCAAAGAGGCCCAGGACAAAGUGGCCAUGCUGCGGAAGCAAAUGGGAGGCUUGGAGGAACAGGCCAAGGUUCACGAGGGAGUUGUCGCUUCCUUAGAGGAUACAAUUGCCGGCCUGCGGGCCGAGAAUGCGACUCUUGCUGCUGAGAAGGCUGUGGUCGAGCGAACAAGGAAGAAGGCACAAGAGCGCCUGGAUCGGGUGAAGGCGUUCUUGGCCGAGCAAGAGGUCGCCGUACGUCCGAAGGAAGAUCUGCUGAACCAGGCCCUUGGGGUUGAGGCCACGAUCGACAGGCUCGUCAAGGAGUGCCAUGUUCAAAUUCCCGAGGAGGAGAUCGCCAAGAUUAAGGCGAAGAAGGUCGAAUGCCAAGAGGUUGCUGAUGCUUUAAACUACCUCGUUCUGGAACCGGCCGACCUGAACAUGUCUCCGGACCAGCUCGGCUACGGCCUCCUUUGUCCUGAGGAUCCCGCUCCCAGUUCGAUCCGAGACCCGCAUGGGUCAAAUGCGGUAGCCUUCCAAGCCGACCUCCGGUCCUCCGAUGGCAACGGCGAUCCUCCUUCCGAGAUGGGUAAUCCUGAAGACAAUGUGAAUGUCGUCUGA